AUGCUCUUUGAUGAUGAAGAUUGGACAGGCUCCGAAGAGAUCGAACCGUACCCGACCGGACCGACGCCCGAACAACGCUGCGGCUUGACAUUUCAGCAGCAGAUCGAGCUCGAGUAUAGCCUCGUCCGCGAUCGCAAGGAUGGCAGCGCGGGUUCGCGCAUCAGACCCGACGGCUUCCUCUUCGCCUGGCCACUCUAUCGCACUUUCCGCGACGAGUGUGUCGCGCCGCCGCCAAUCUGGGGCAAGCGAUGCUCGCGCCUCGACGAGUUCGAUCAGGCCUGGAUCCGAGAAGAGGACCUCCACGAUCAGGUCGACAAAUGCCUCGGCGAGCUCAUCGUCCUCGGAUUUCCGGACAUAGCAAAGAGCAUGGUCGGACUGAUGCAGGAGCGCCUCCAGCGGUACGAGCCAAGCGGUGCAAUGCAGCGAUACUUUGCCGGCGUAUCGAUGUCGCAUCAGGACGACCUCGACGAGCGGGACAAGGUCUGGACGCCCGACCUGCCCACAACCGAGGAGCCUGUCGUGAAUCCGAACCACCUGCGCCGCCUAUUGCGCGCAGACGUCCUCUCGGGAAAGCCAUGGAGAUCCCGGCUAGAAGUCGACCUUUACAAGUUCCGCAACUUCCAAGACUGGAUCCAGGGCCUGGUCGCUGUGGGGAAGCUCUGCAACAGGAAGGACAGCGCCUACCUCACCAUAGCCGAAGCGGAAGACGUGCUGCUUCCCCCUCGCGAGUUCGAGGAGUUGGCGCUCUCCGUGCUGGGCGAGGUGAUCGACUGCCAGCUCAGCGAAAAGGCGACGGCUGCCUGCAUGUCCUACGUCGGGCCCUGCGAGGGACUCUGCGUCGGCAUUUCGCUCGCGGCUCGGCACGGGCGACAGGACCUGGUCUUGGACGGACUCAAGACUCUGCAAAACCUCCCAUUGAACCACAGGCCACGGUGCGCGUGCUACACGGUCAAGAGGUUCCGUUGUGUGCUGAUUGAGUCCAUCGAGCUACUCGGCGGCUGCACCGGCGCAUGGCGAGCCUUGCCCCUGGCCGAGGAAGGCCAGGGAUUCUUGGAAAAGCUCGGCUGGACUCGUUCGUCGGUCGAAGAGGGUGUGCAGCGCUUCAAGGAAUCGAUCGACCGUCGACUCGAACGCAUGCGCAACAGAGAUGUGCCCACAGACAAGGAACCCUACCGCGGUUUCUCGGUGGACCAGCUCAUCGCAGAGCUUGAGCGCCUCUGUCCGGACGUCGCCACCGAGACCGCCGCCUCACCUGAAAGCGCGCCCGAGAUCCCGCAAGCAGUCGCAGAAAGCUAUCCGAUGCUGCCAGCCGACUUCUUACGCUUUUACGCCUUGAGACCACACGGCCUGCCCGCGAUUCUUUACGAGGAAGCACAACCAGCCACGUACAUCGCAGAGCGUUUGGUAUCGUGGGCAGUGGAAGCGGCCUAUAUCGGGGUGCUGCCGUUCGAGGGCGUCGUGAUAGACCGGUUGUCAGAACACCACGCCAUGUGCCAGGGCAUCCCGUGGCUCUGGGGCUGCGUCUAUACGCACGGCGUGGAAGAUGUCGUCCGCUUCACCCGCGACAAGACGAUCGGCAAGUGGUUCAUGCACGCCUUCUUGCUCCCGCCCAGCUUCUACGCGUCCAUGCGGCGCACCAAUGGCCUUGCACCCGCUGAUCCGGACGACUGGGUCGUGUUUGAGGACUUCAAAAUCUUCUUGGGAUUCACCGAGUGGCUUCAGCACAUGGUCACCAAGGUCAGAAGGAUUGCAAAGGCGAAUAGCGCCAGCGGCCAUGGCGACGAGGCGGCAGCACCGGUUCUUUGA